CUCGCCUCCCGCUCCGUGCUGCAGAGGAGGCCUUGCGCCCUUCCAAACUUCCCCCCCGGCGGCGGGAUGCCUCCUGCGAGCUGCCCUGCCGCGCCAGCUGGGGUUCGGUCAGAAAAACGCCGCUUUUUGCUCCAAAGGCUUUCCAGAGAUUUUUGUGGCUCCUUCAGACUGCCUGCCUGACAGCGGUCUGGUUCUUCUGCCGUGUAUUUAGUAGUAUUCUCCUUCAGGGCUGCCUUCCAAAACCUAGCGACGUUUAAAAUUACGAGACUGUAGACUUGGCACGCUAGACCUGAAAAUGGCAAAAGUAAAAUAAAAAAGACCCAACCCAACCCGACGGGCUGCUGAGCUUUCGCUCCCAAGUUUUAGCACAGAGCAUGCACAUCAGAACUGGCCACCUUUUUUUGAAGCUGCGGUGGACACGAACCAGCCUCCCGUUCUCGUGCUGUUUCCACUGCGUAGCCGCUUAUUUACCGUGUGUGUUCUUAAUUUGUACAGUCUUAAAACUAGGAGAGGCGGGACGACUGUUCUGAAUAUGACAUGUUGCUACGAACACCACCUCCUGCAUGAGGCAUGUUUACAUGCGUAGGUUACACUCUGAAAUGAUUUUUAUUUGGUCCUGGGCCUCAAUCACUCUCUAGUGCCUCAUGAGAGACCUGAGGAGCAGAGUUCUGUGCGCUGCUGUUCUGGAACGGAAACUGUUUGUGGGUGGCUUGGACUGGAGUACGACGCAAGAAACUCUUCGUAGCUACUUCUCCCAGUAUGGAGAAGUUGUAGACUGUGUAAUAAUGAAAGACAAAACAACAAACCAGUCUCGAGGAUUUGGAUUUGUCAAAUUUAAAGAUCCCAACUGUGUGGGAACAGUACUGGCCAGUAGACCUCAUACGUUAGAUGGCCGAAAUAUUGAUCCAAAGCCAUGUACACCUAGGGGGAUGCAACCAGAGAGGACACGACCGAAGGAAGGAUGGCAGAAGGGAUCCAGGAGCGAUAACAAUAAAUCAAAUAAAAUUUUUGUUGGUGGGAUUCCUCAUAACUGUGGCGAGACAGAGCUCAGGGAAUACUUCAAGAAAUUCGGAGUGGUCACUGAAGUUGUAAUGAUCUAUGACGCAGAGAAACAGAGGCCCCGAGGUUUUGGAUUUAUUACUUUCGAGGACGAACAAUCAGUGGACCAGGCUGUCAACAUGCAUUUUCACGACAUCAUGGGCAAAAAAGUGGAGGUGAAACGCGCAGAACCUCGUGAUAGCAAAAGCCAAACUCCAGGGCCACCCGGUGCCAGUCAGUGGGGAAGCAGGAUCAUGCCAAGCGCUGCCAAUGGCUGGGCAGGUCAGCCCCCUCCGACCUGGCAACAAGGAUAUGGCCCUCAAGGGAUGUGGGUGCCAGCUGGACAGGCAAUUGGUGGAUAUGGACCACCUCCUCCAGGAAGAGGAGCUCCUCCACCACCGCCACCAUUUACCUCAUACAUAGUCUCUACACCUCCUGGAGGAUUCCCGCCUCCACAAGGAUUCCCACAGGGCUAUGGCACCCCUCCACCAUUUAGUUUUGGUUAUGGUGCUCCACCUCCUCCACCUGACCAGUUUGCCCCACCUGGAGUACCCCCUCCACCUGCCACUCCAGGGGCAACACCACUAGCUUUUCCACCACCACCACCACCAUCUCAGGCAACUCAGGACAUGAGCAAACCCCCAACUGCUCAGCCAGAAUUCCCUUAUAGUCAGUUUGGGUAUGGACAAGACUUGAGCGGUUUUGGACAAGGCUUCUCUGAUCCCAGCCAGCAACCCCCUCCCUACGGAGGCCCCUCGGUGCAACCAUCAAGUGGCCCACCUGCAGGAGGAAGUGGGUUUGGACGAGGACAGAACCAUAACGUGCAAGGAUUUCACCCCUACAGGCGCUAGCGUGGGCUGGCAAUCAGGGAAUUCUGUCCACACAGGGAUGUCUGGUACCAGCUGAACCCAGGAAUCCCAGACUUCUGAACUUGUGACAAUCACAUACUUGAUGGAAGAAAAACCUAACAACAUUUUUUUUUUUUGGGGGGGUGGGGGUGGGGGAAGA